CCAUAUAACCUAUUCUUGAUUCUAUUAAAUUGCCUCACUUUGUUUUGUAUUUUUUCAGAUAUGAAAAAGAGCCAUCAGAUCUGCUCCAAUGAGAAAGUCAUACCACGAUGGAUCCAAUACCAGUGUUCACGGCAAACAUUAUGGGUUAAAGGCAUACUUCUAUUCCAAAGAAUGUCUGGAUUUGCCCUAGAAACCAGUACUGGAAAGAUGAAAAUUCGCCUAAAUAAGCCUCUUCUUGAUUUACGGCCAAAGAGGACUACAGUGGAAAUCCUCCUGCAUGAAAUGAUACACAUACAUCAGUUUUCCAGUAAAUCAAGGGAUAGAAGUCAUGGACCAACCUUUCACUACCACAAGAGGCGUAUUAAUAGACUGACUGGCGCAAAUAUUAUGGCCUACCCUGAUUUUAAGGAUGAAUAUGACCUACUGAAGUGCCAUUGGUGGGAGUGCAAUGGCCCCUGUGGAGAAUUAGUAACAAGGAUUAUGAACCGUCCACCAGCUACCAAGGCACACAAGAGGAAAUGUGGAGGCGAAUUUAUCAAAAUUUCAGAAUCUGAAGACGGUCCUUCAAAUAAGAGAAGGAAGGUCUAAUCCUUCAGAGAAAGACAUGGGAUGAAAACUCACUUUUAUAGCAUGACUUUAUAAAGUAUUUGACCUAAAACAUCUUAAUUGUAUUUUCUUUGCCUGCAUCAGGCACUAAAACCAAU